CAAAAUCGGCGGGAAAUUUUUAUGAUCAUAUUAUAGAUUCGCAGAUCACUGAUUUAAUAGGAGGAACAAGUUUUUUUAGUUUUCAUAACUGGAUCUACAUGUAGUUGUUUUAGCUUUCGUUUUGAGUCUUGUGUAUAUAGGAUGCCGGCGCUGUUUCCUCUAAUUUGUAAGUUGACAAUGUUUCACUUUGAAAUUUUAUUCAUUUCUAAACCACUUAGUUUUUCAAAAUUUUGAAGAUAAUUCUAAAAAUGCCAAAUAUCAUCAUUUCUGUUAGAUGAUUGGAUUGCUUUUGUUCGCUUGAAGUUUGAACUUUUUCCUCUUUCAUUUUUAUUCUUCAUCCUUCUAUCCUUCCUGCUGCUUUUUUUGUUCCAUCUAUCUUUUAAUAUUUCCUACCUCUCUUUCCUGAUCCUAUCUUUGUGUUAAUUUUCAUUCUUUCCUUCUUUCUCUUAUCUGCCCUUUUUAUUUCCUUCCUUCUCCCUUCCUCACCUAUUUCUUUUCGUUUUUUCUCUCCUAUAAUUAUUAUUUUUUCAUUCUCUCCAAUCUUUCCUCCCUCUCUUUCAUUCUUUCUUUCAUUCAUUCUUUAUUUUAUUUUUCCUUCUAAUACUUUCCCAUUAUUCUUUCUUUCUUUCCAUCCCUCCCUUCCUUCCUUCCCCCUUCCUGUUUUCUUCUUUCUUUGUUUCUUUCAAAGAAUGAAAACAUUUUUCUUUCCUUCAUUCUUUGUUUCCUCCUCCUUUUUCUUACUUUAAUUUUCUUUCUCACCUUUAUUUUGUCUUUCACACAUCUUCCCUUUCUUUCUUUGUCUUUCUUUCUAUAUUAGAUGAAUUCAAAGAAUGACAGAAACCUUUUUUUCUCUUUUAUUCUUUCUUUCAUCGUCCUUUUAAUUAUUCUAACUUCUAUCAUUUUUCCCCCUUCAUUUUCCCCUUCAUUUUUUCUUUCUCAUUUCAUUUCUUUUCUCUCCUUCAUUCCUUCGUUCACCCUCCCUUCCAAUUCUUUAUAUUUUUUUUCACAAGUAUAACAAUGUGUAGCCUUCUUUGAUGAUCUUUUUUUAUCGAUUGUCCCGUAUUUCAUUUUGUGAAAUCUGGUCACCCUGAUUUAAACCCUUUUUUUAAACUACAUGAAUUACCAGGUCCCAGUAUAUUGUGCAUAUAGAAAUAUGUUUGUACAUGAUUGGCUUAAUGACAUUAAAAUACACUUUGCCACACUAAGUACAUCAGUAUUAAUUUUAUAUUUAUAGAGAAAACAUAUUGCAUCUUGCACAUACCCUUAAUUGCCUUCUACGGCGCAUUCUCGAACAAUUGACCUAGCAAAAUGGCGGCGGUCACGUGACUUAUCGAGUUCGCCAGCGAUGUUUUGCUUGGGUGAACACGACUUCCACGUAUUUCUAGUUCAGUGGUGACCACCACAGAGCUGGAUAAAUUAUGCUUCUACCUGUUUCCGGUGAAGCAUAAUGUUAGGAAGCUCUGUGAUUCAGCGACAGUAGUCUUUUUCUCACCUGACACUCAAUAUUUGUUCACUAUUUUCUUUUUUACACUAGAAUUAUUGCCAAUUUGUCUUGAUAGAGGCUAUCAAGACUUCUUUAUCAGAAUGCAUCACGAGUAGAGUUUCGUCCAAACAGGUGGAUGAACCACUAUGCAGGUGAGCUUUGGGUCUUCAUCCACCCGGGAUAUAUCCCCUCUUUCUUUCACACAUUCUUUCUAGACACCCUAAAUGUUUUCUCCACAUUAUUACUAACUUAAGAAUUGCCUUUCAAAUGAUUAUUCUGCAUCUAGGUUGGUGAAGAACUCUGUUCCAGAGGUUUAUGAUGACUCUGUUCUCAUCAAGAUGAUAGCAUCUCCAAUAAAUCCUGCAGAUAUCAACUCCAUACAAGGUAUCUAUCCUAUCAAGCCCGACUUCCCAGCUGUUGCAGGAUUUGAAGGUGUAGGAGAGAUCCAAGAAGUUGGCAGCAAUGUCAAGCAGUUGUUACCAGGAGAGAGAGUAAUAUUUCCAGCCAGUGUGACAGGUACUUGGUGUUCCCAUCUCGUCUGCCCAGCCAGUCAAGUGAUGGUGGUCCCUAAGGACACGCCCCCGCUCGUUGCAGCGACCGUUAAAGUCAAUGCAUGCACAGCUUACAGAAUGCUGGCCGAUUUUGAGAAUUUGAGAGAAGGUGAUACCGUGAUCCAGAAUGCUGCUAACAGCGGUGCAGGACAGGCCGUCAUACAGAUUGCAGCAGCCAGGGGCUUAAAGACAAUCAACAUUGUGAGAGAUAGACCCAACCUGACUGAACUCACAGACUACCUUCAUGACCUUGGAGCCACCGUUGUAACAACAGAGGGUGAUCUUCGAAAAAGUGCUUCAACUCUGCUUAAGGACUUGCCAAAACCUAAACUAGCCUUGAAUGCCGUUGGAGGAAAGAGCAUCAUAGCACUUGUCAAGCAAAUCCAGGAUGCUGGCACUAUCGUUACUUAUGGUGGAAUGUCCAAGCAGCCUGUUAUGGUCCCGACUGGUUCCCUCAUCUUCAAUGAUCUCAAGUUCAAAGGAUUCUGGAUGAGCAGGUGGCACCAGCAACAUGCAGGAAGCGAGGAAGCCAGACAGAUGUUUGAUCAGCUCUGCAGAUGGGGUGGAUCGGGGCAAAUGAGGGCGCCCCAACAUAGACUGGUUGAUAUCGAGGACUAUCGCAGCGCCCUGGAGAAGGCGUUGGGUGAAUAUAGCACGGAAAAGCAAAUUCUAACAUUCGGAUCAUGAUGAAUCUUUGACUCCUACUAGGUGACCUUUGAACUCUUGAACUAUAGAGACCCGUUUUCUGUUCAUUAUCUCUCACAGAUGGCCUUAACGUGAAAACAAAUUGAUUGGCACCGUGUGUGCGUGGUCUCUUAAGUUGGUCUUAUUGCCUAUUGAGAUAACUAUAUUAUGAAUAGUGCAGAGAAUGAAUUAGCCUGUAUAUUUCUUUGUACAGGUAUAGGAGAAUGAAAAUGUUUGAGGGGAAAAGUACUUGUCUUGCUACUUGGUAACAUAUGUGUACAUGUAUUCUUUGCAGUAAGCAUCUAACAAGGGGUGUUUCACAUUAAAGAUCUCACUGAAAUUUCCAUUUGCAUCAAAUCACCUCCUUGGUCAGGGCUCCGUCUUACAAAGAAUUGCGAUUGAUCCGAUCAACCACAACUAUGGAUUGGCAGCAAUAUGUCAACAUCUAAAAUGCAUGUUUAUUCAUAAUAUUUUCUAGAUGUGUAUAAGGCUAUUCAUUCGUUCAUCGUUUACUUGAAAUUCAGUGUGUUUCUCUUUGUUUACAUAGGAUAUUGUGCAAAUUUUAUGUAGAAAAAAAUAUGACAUUAGUGGAUUACCAUACAGUUGAUCAGUCGCAACUCUUUGUAAGACGGGCAUGCUCGCUUGACAUGGGUUGGCAUGAAAAAUAAGCAUAACUUGUAGUCGUACUCAACUCUUUGUGAAACACCACUCAGAUUUUCUAACACCUCAUGCAAAUUUUCAGUCUUUAAACUUAAAGGAUUCAGGCCCCCGUUACGAUUAUGGCAACUUAGCCAUCCAAUGGUAACCAUCACUGUAACGCUGAUCAACAGCCAACCAGAAUCAAGGAUUCCAUGCAAGUUUCCGUUGCAUGGCUAAGUUACCAAAAUGGUAUCAUUCAUGCAACGGGGUUCACGUCCACAUACAAAAAUUUGGAUGAUUUCAUCAGAAAUGAAAGUAGGCAGGACCACCUAAAAUCCUUCCAGCCUGUACAGGUAUUCUAAAGUCUGGUUUAAUUCAUGCCUUGGCUGAAAUUGAGGGAAGCCAAAAAUAUUGAAACUUUUGUUGCACUCUGCAUUUCUUAUGUUUACUCUGUUACUUUCCCGUGCUCCCUUGGUCAGAGAAAGCAAGUUUGUUUUCAUCCCAAGGCAGUAGGUCAUUAAAGGCCCUGUCAUGACGUUCCAUACAAGCCUUGUGGGUCAGUUGCGAGCAAGCUUCCGCAACUCACCUGCACAAAAGUUACUUUUCUGCGUAUACAUCUCACUGCAUGUCAGGUAUGUGUGAGAUGUUAAUGCGGGCAAUCUGCGGGUAGCAUAAAAAAUAUAGCUUCUGAAGGUUACCAUGGCGAAGAAGAAUAGUGUAGUAGGUUUCACGGUACACCAUGUAUCUUUCUUGGGCAAGUGUUGGUCCUGAAAAGGACCACCCAAAGAUACAUGGUGUACCGUGAAACCUACUACACUAGCAUAAAAAAUACUAACCUGUGAGUCACAAAGCUUGCAUGGAACAAUAUGACUGGGACUUUAAUGGUUUGAGUGCCAAAUGUGCCGAUUGAUUUAAACUCUUCUGUUCGGGGGUUGUGUCACAUUUGGCCACCCACAGGUACACCACAACUUUGGACCAGAGUUUCAAUUAAAUCGGAUUUCAGAAUACAGGCAUCUGGGUCUUAUACACCUCUACUACCAAAAGUCUGUAUUGUGUCUUUUAGCAGUAAUCUUCCUACGAAGGUACUCGGCUUUCAAACAGAUGGGGGGAGGGGGGUGCCUUGGGAGGGGCAAUGGAUCCCCCCUAAUAAAAAUACACCCCCCCCCCCCCCCCAAGAAGAAAAAAAUGGAAGGGAAUGGAGGAUUCUUAUAUUAUUUUCUGAAUAUUGUGCCAAAAUUUAUCACAAAAUUGAAUUUUGGAAUUGAAAAGAUCAGUUUUCUUGCUGUCACUCACAGCAGCUUAGACAUUUUGCCCCAUAUGUUGGGUCUGCACCCCCCCCCCUCAAAAUUUCUGGCUCUGAAGGAGCCAAGUAUCUUUAAAGAUAAAUACCGGUUGUGGAAACAAUCUCAAAAUAAGCUCGAACAGAAUCCAAUGAAAUUACCACCAAAGUGUUUGUAUGUAUAAAUAAAAAGCAUGUGCCAAAUAGCUCUGGAAGAAAAUGUGUAAUUGCUGAGAAAUGAGCAAAAUAAGCACAGAAUUCCAUCAAAUGUCGGGUAUUUUUUUGAAGCAAUAUUAAUACACUGUCCCACAUAUGCUUUUCUGUGUUAGUGAUCAUCAGCAUUAUCGAUUUUGAGGUAAGAUUUAUGAUUUUACAAGGAUAAGUUUACAUUAAUGUCCCAGAUCCAGAUGUAUAAUAAUAUUUUGACAAUUAACCGUGAUUUAAAAGACUAUCUCAUGGAAUAAUAGUUUGCUGCAACUACUGUCUUUUACCUUUAAUGGUGAUCUUUCUGCAUUCACCAUUGUUUUGUCAAUGAUGAGGUGUGAGGAUUGCUGAUGAAAAGACGCUUUUAGGGAUUCCUGCAUGAAAGACAUGGCUAAAACUUUUGGUACAAUAGGUGCUUCAAUCACUACGAAAUAAGACUCGCUGAAACUGAAAUUUGUGCAUUAUUUUUGUGUAUUUUUUGUCUAUCAGUUGACAAAGUGCAAAAUAAAUAAGUUUGACAAAAAAGGAUGCUCAGAAAUGGAGCCAUAAAGAGUAAGAAAAUCCCUAACAUUUGGAAAUAUCUAAAACAUGUCAAAAUUGACAGGCUAAAAAACUCGAACAAUACUGUCAAGAUAUAUCUCUAUGAAAAUCCCUCUCAUUACAAUAGCUUACUCUGUUACCACAUAUGAAUAGCAAGUGAACAAAGACAUCUUUGAAAGAUAUAAUGUACAAUGAGAUUUGUAUACAAACAAAUGCUAACAGUUAUUGAUAUUCAUCAUUAAAGGCUAAAACUGUAUUAGAAACAAGUU